UUCCCCAUACAGACGCUCCCUUCACCACGUGACAAACCCGGAAGUGCCUCUGCCGUAAAACGUAGACGGCUGUCGCGGAGAUGCCUGUGUUGCGACAGGCUCUCUCGGCGACUCGGCCGCCUAGCAAGGUUAGCCGUGUUGUCUGCCCCGUCGCCUCCCAGCCAGGACGGGACGAGGAUGUAACGUCGUGUCGCCGCUUUGGCUGAAAUCCCACCGAAGCCGCCGCCCGCCGCCCUGCCCGCCGCCUCUGAACACAGCCGGGGCCCGGGCCGUCGAUCCGACGUGGCAAGCCGAGCUUUGCGGUGUUCCAGUCGGCGUCGGACACCAUUUUACGACUCGUCAAUGUGUCCGACCCCCGAGCGUAAUCGGAUCUCGCUGGUUAAACGUUGAUCUCCGCAACGCGGAUGGGUCGGCAGUAGGACGCGGCCCCUGGAAGAGAAGGUGCGCAUAUUUGAACAAAAUGGAUGCCGCCGAGGAAGCGGAUAUUUGCCGUGUGUGCCGCUCCGAGGGGACCCCGGACAAGCCCCUCUACCACCCCUGUGUCUGCACAGGCAGCAUUAAAUUCAUCCACCAGGAGUGCUUGGUCCAGUGGCUGAAGCACAGCAGGAAGGAGUAUUGUGAAUUAUGCAAGCACAGAUUUGCUUUCACACCAAUUUAUUCCCCAGACAUGCCCUCCCGUCUGCCCAUCCAGGACAUUUGUGCUGGUCUGCUGACCAGUGUGGGCACAGCCAUACGCUACUGGUUCCAUUAUACACUGGUGGCUUUUGCAUGGCUCGGUGUUGUUCCACUAACAGCAUGUCGCAUCUACAAGUGUCUCUUUACCGGCUCUGUGAGCUCGCUCUUGACACUGCCUCUGGACAUGCUCUCCACGGAGAACCUACUAGCAGACUGUCUGCAGGGCUGCUUUGUGGUCACCUGCACCCUGUGUGCGUUUAUUAGCCUAGUGUGGCUCAGAGAACAAAUUGUCCAUGGUGGCGCCCCCCAGUGGCUAGAGCAGCAUCAGCCAGCGCCGCCCAAUGCUGCCGGACAACCCAAUGAGGCACAAGGUGCAGGUCAGGGGGCAGCUGACGACGUGCCACAGCCAGCCCCUGCAGAUCCACCAGCCCAGAACGAGGCAGAACCUGAGCCUCCCGAUGUCCCGCCGGACCAGGGUGACGACCCCGAGCUGGAGGAGGAGGAGGGUGCAGCUGCCGAUGACGCAGAGGCCAACAAUGGAGCACAAGAUGACAUGAACUGGAAUGCUUUGGAGUGGGACAGGGCAGCCGAGGAGCUCACCUGGGAGAGGAUGCUCGGCCUGGAUGGCUCGCUGGUGUUCUUGGAGCAUGUGUUUUGGGUGGUGUCUCUCAACACGCUCUUCAUCCUGGUCUUUGCCUUCUGUCCCUACCAUCUUGGGCACUUUUCUGUUGUGGGCCUUGGCUUUGAGGAAUAUGUUCAGGCCUCCCACUUUGAGGGCCUAAUCACAACCAUCGUAGGCUACAUCCUUCUGGCCAUGACUCUCAUCCUUUGUCACGGACUGGCUGCUCUGGUCAGGUUCCAACGCUCGCGGCGUCUCCUGGGAGUUUGCUACAUCGUUGUCAAGGUCUCUCUGCUGGUUGUAGUGGAGAUUGGAGUCUUUCCACUCAUCUGUGGCUGGUGGCUUGACAUCUGCUCUUUAGAGAUGUUUGAUGCCUCGCUGAAGGACAGGGAGCUAAGUUUUAAAUCGGCGCCAGGCACCACCAUGUUCCUGCAUUGGCUUGUGGGAAUGGUCUACGUCUUCUACUUUGCUUCCUUCAUCCUCCUACUGAGAGAGGUACUGAGGCCUGGAGUGUUGUGGUUUCUACGAAACCUUAACGACCCCGAUUUCAACCCGGUGCAGGAGAUGAUCCACCUGCCCAUCUACAGACACAUGCGGCGGUUCAUCCUCUCUGUGGUGGUGUUCGGCUCAAUCGUGCUGCUCAUGCUGUGGCUGCCCAUCAGACUGAUUAAACUGCUGCUGCCCGCCUUCCUCCCAUACAACGUCAUGCUCUACAGUGACGCCCCGGUCAGUGAGCUGUCUCUGGAGCUGUUGUUACUGCAGGUGGUGUUGCCGGCUCUGUUGGAGCAGGGUCACACCCGCCAGUGGCUCAAAGGCCUGGUCCGAGCCUGGACUGUCAGCGCUGGAUAUCUGCUAGACCUCCACUCUUACCUUCUGGGGGAGCAGGAGGACAAUGAUACCAACCAGCCGGUAAACAACAACAACAACAACAACCCUCCUGCUGGUCACCAUAACAACAACAACAACAACCCUGCCCCGGCUGUAGGGGAGGGGCUGCACGCAGCACAUCAGGCCAUCCUUCAGCAGGGGGGGCCAGUAGGCUUUCAACCCUACCACCGGCCCCUCCGCUUCCCAGUCAGGAUUGUGCUGCUUAUUGCAUUCAUGUGCAUCACUCUGCUGUUGGCCAGUCUGGUGUGCUUGACUCUACCAGUGUUCACCGGGCGCUGGCUGAUGUCCUUCUGGACAGGGAACUCCAAGAUCCACGAGCUGUACACUGCAGCGUGUGGCCUGUACGUCUGCUGGCUGUCCAUCCGUGGGGUCACCGUGUUGCUGGCCUGGAUGCCGCAGGGCCGCACUGUGAUCAUGCUCAAAGUCCAAGAGUGGACACUCAUGAUUCUGAAGACCGUGGUAGUAGCUCUGCUAGUAGCGGGAGUCAUCCCACUGCUGCUGGGCCUGCUGUUCGAACUGGUAAUUGUGGCUCCACUCAGGGUACCUCUGGAUCAGACACCCCUUUUCUAUCCCUGGCAGGACUGGGCCCUCGGAGUGCUUCAUGCCAAAAUCAUUGCUGCUAUUACCCUCAUGGGCCCUCAGUGGUGGCUGAAGACUGUCAUUGAGCAGGUCUAUGCAAACGGCAUCCGCAACAUUGAUCUCCAGUUCAUCAUCCGUAAACUGGCAGCUCCAGUCAUCUCUGUCCUGCUGCUGUCACUGUGUGUGCCCUACGUCAUCGCUGCAGGGGUUGUACCUGCCGUAGGGGUGACUCCUGAGAUGGAGAUUCUAAUGCAGAGGAGAAUCUACCCAUUCCUCUUGAUGGUGGUCUCUCUCAUUGGCAUCCUGUCCUUCCAGAUCCGACAGUUUAAACGCCUUUACGAACACAUAAAAAAUGACAAGUACCUGGUUGGUCAGAGGCUUGUCAACUACGAACGCAAAACUGGGAGAGCGAGCUCUGUUCCGCCUUCCAACCCUGUCGCAGAAUAGUCGUUUGUGAGAAGUAAACACAUUUUGCACCUGUUACCCCAUGCCUACAACCAACAUCCACCCAGCCCUUUCCCUCUCUGAACUUCAAAUCAGCUCUUGGACCAUAUCCUCUUGAAUGACCAGUGGAUCUUUGUAGAUUUAACAAAAACGCCCGAUUGCUGGCUGGAGGGGAAAUUGCGUUAGACACUUGAGGAAUCCCCUCACCGGAGUGGGCAGGAGGGUGUAGGGUUAGAGGUUUGAUUUGAAACUCAGUAUCUGUAUUGUUGUUCAUGCCUUGCUUUGUAAAGUGCUGCCUGACAAUUGUAUAUGUGUAAAUACUUUGAACGCAGACUUAGUCGUCUUGGGGGGAAAAAAAGACAUGAAUUAAUGCAAUGACCAUUGUACAUCUUAAAAGUGUAUGUAUAUUAAUUUAUUAAAUUAAAGUGACAAUUUUU